AUGGCAACACAACCCUGGUACCCUGCCGUCAUGGCAACACAACCCUGCCAUCAUGGCAACACAACCCUGGCAACCCUGCCAUCAUGGCAACACAACCCUGCCAUCAUGGCAACACAACCCUGGCACCCCUGCCAUCAUGGCAACACGACCCUGGCAACCCUGCCAUCAUGGCAACACGACCCUGCCAUCAUGGCAACACGACCCUGGCACCCCUGCCAUCAUGGCAACACAACCCUGGCACCCCUGCCAUCAUGGCAACACAACCCUGCCAUCAUGGCAACACGACCCUGGCACCCCUGCCAUCAUGGCAACACAACCCUGGCAACCCUGCCAUCAUGGCAACACAACCCUGGCAACCCUGCCAUCAUGGCAACACAACCCUGCCAUCAUGGCAACACAACCCUGGCACCCCUGCCAUCAUGGCAACACGACCCUGGCAACCCUGCCAUCAUGGCAACACGACCCUGCCAUCAUGGCAACACGACCCUGGCACCCCUACCAUCAUGGCAACACAACCCUGGCACCCCUGCCAUCAUGGCAACACAACCCUGGCACUCCUGCCAUCAUGGCAACACGACCCUGCCAUCAUGGCAACACGACCCUGGCACCCCUGCCAUCAUGGGAACACAACCCUGGCACCCCUGCCAUCAUGGCAACACAACCCUGCCAUCAUGGCAACACGACCCUGGCACCCCUGCCAUCAUGGCAACACAACCCUGGCAACCCUGCCAUCAUGGCAACACAACCCUGGCAACCCUGCCAUCAUGGCAACAUAACCCUGCCAUCAUGGCAACACGACCCUGGCACCCCUGCCAUCAUGGCAACACGACCCUGGCACCCCUGCCAUCAUGGCAACACGACCCUGCCAUCAUGGCAACACGACCCUGGCACCCCUGCCAUCAUGGCAACACAACCCUGGCAACCCUGCCAUCAUGGCAACACAACCCUGGCAACCCUGCCAUCAUGGCAACACAACCCUGCCAUCAUGGCAACACAACCCUGCCAUCAUGGCAACACAACCCUGCCAUCAUGGCAACACGACCCUGGCACCCCUGCCAUCAUGGCAACACGACCCUGGCACCCCUGCCAUCAUGGCAACACAACCCUGCCAUCAUGGCAACACCAACUUGGGUUAAUGAGGGAGGCGCGUUUCAUCUUUUCCAAGAAAUCCCCAAAAGAGUUUAG